AUGUCACAGCCAUGGGAUUAUAUUGCUAAGCUUGUCUGCAUUGGUGACUCCGGCACCGGCAAGUCCAGCCUCACUGUCAGGCUCUGUGAAGGCCGGUUUUCCCCAUCUCACGAUGUCACCAUUGGGGUGGAGUUUGGAUCACGAAUUGUGCCGGUGGGCCCUCCGGCUUCUCUAGAGCUGGACCUUGAUGAGCCUGCGCCAGGAUCGCAGGCACAUUCGCCCGAAGCAUCUAGUUCUGGCCUGCCGGCACCUCCGCGAAAGCCACAAGGCUCACCCAAUCAAAAGCGCAUGAAGCUGUCCUUGUGGGAUACUGCUGGACAGGAAACGUACAAGUCCAUCACUCGGUCAUAUUUCCGAGGCGCCUCCGGUGCACUUCUUGUAUUUGAUAUCUCCAGACCGUCGACUUUCAUAUCGUGUACCCAGUGGCUUCAAGAUCUGAGGCAGAUCGCCGAAGAGGGCAUUGUGGUGAUCUUGGUCGGCAACAAAAGCGAUCUAUCGGGAACAGAAUCAGGAUCAAAUCAAAGACAGGUCACCCGGGAGGAGGCCGAGGAGUGGUGUCACAUGAACAAUGUCGUCCGCUACGUCGAAACAAGUGCCAAGUCUGGGGACGGUGUUGAACGCGCGUUCUUGGAAGUCGCUGAAAGAAUAUAUCGGAACAUUGAGACUGGCCGGUACGACCUGAAUGAUCGUCGCAGCGGCGUCAAAGGGUUUGGGGCCUCGGGGGGAGCAAAUGCCGGGGUACCGAGAACCGUCACUCUAGGGAUGGAUGAUGCUAUGCGCAAAGGCAAUGGUUGGGGCGGAGGGUGCUGCUAA